UUUGCAAUGAGCGAGAACGCACCGUACCUGCGCAUGCUGGGCUUCAUGGCCGUCGUUUUGAUGGCGGUUGCGAUCCCACUUGCCUUUUAUGGCUACCGCUUGCUGCCGCACACGGCGCGCGUCAGCACCUUCUUCGUCGUCUUCCUCCUCGCGGUGCAAGGCGUCGUGACCUUCUCGAACGACGACGAUUACGACCCCAACAUGCACGUGAUUGGCCUUAUCCUCGCCUUGUUCACGGCCCUCGCCGUCUUCAAGCUCCCAACGGCAGCCAUGUUUAGCAUCGGCGCGCUCACGGGCGCGUCCAUUACCAUUGAAGUCCUCAGCUAUACGCUCCUGGGCGACUUGUGGACGUUUGUCGGCGCGCUUCUUGCAGCGCUUGUGGGUGGCGCCUUUUGCCUUGGCCGUCGCGCGCUUCUGAUCGUCUGCACGUCGUUCAACGGCGCGAUGCUGUUUAUGACGGGCGCCUCGCUUUUGCUCGUGUACCCGUCGACGAGCUUUGCGGUGAUCUACUUUGGCGCGCAUCUGGCGAUCUUUCUGCUCGCGAUGCUCGUCCAGUUCAAGUUCACGGCGCGCGACAUUGAUCACGACGUUGGCCGCAGUGAUAUCGCUCGCGAGAAGGCCAUGGUCGCGACACCUGAGGCCUACGCCAACACCGUCUAAGGAGCUUAAUUUAUGUCCGUGCUUUAUCUUCGUCAAAUGCCAUGGCCCCGACCUCGCUGCGUCCAGUCCUAAAAUACUCGAACAGAUUGGAGACCGUCCAGGUCUGCAUCAUAGUCCCAAACGUUUGUUUCCACA